UGUGAUGAAAUUGAUGAAAAGUCACUACAAGCUAUAUAUCUGAAGAACAAUGCUUUCCCCAAUUUUGACACACCAAUCAAGGGGGUUUGCAGCUGUAUAAUUGAAGCACCACCCACAAACACAAUACAUAUCUACAGUUUAACAGCUGAAGAAGUAAAAAGAACAAAUAACUUUGCUAUAGCUGAAAAUGGAAUGACUAAAUACUCUGCAUGGAUAUCCAAUAUGUCAAAACUUGUGGAAUUCCAGAAUGGGACAUUAUUAUAUGAGAGUGAGGAACCAAUAGUUUUCAUCACUUUGGAGCAUAAAGAGCAAUCUUCACAAUACAAGUACUACAUAACAGCACAAGCAAAACAAGAUGAUCAGCAGCUCAAACUAACUUGUGGUAAUGCUGGUGAAGUGUGGAAAAAGUAUGAAAACAAGAUCAACCCAACA